AUGCAGCACAUGACACAAGAGUCAAGUGAGAUGAAUUUCCCUGUAGCUCCUCACAACUUGCAGUUGUUAGAGGAUCUAGACGAGAAACAGACACGACGUCGCUCUUUCUUUAUUGAAACGUAUGGCUGCCAAAUGAAUUCAUCCGACUCGGAAAUUGUACGAGCCAUUCUACUAGACAAUGGCUUCAUACCGGCGCUUGCAGCAGACACAGCCGAUGUGGUGCUUAUUAAUACGUGCGCUGUGCGGGAUAAUGCAGAAGCUAAAAUAUGGCACCGUCUCGAGUCCCUUCGUCAAGUCAAGGCUAAGCUUUUGCGCAAGAAACAAAAAGAGGUACAGACUGUAGGCGUGCUGGGCUGCAUGGCCGAGAGACUCAAGACGAAGCUUCUCGAGUCUGACAAGAUGGUAGACUUGGUUGUGGGCCCAGAUGCCUACCGUGAUAUCCCCAACCUGCUGCAUGUGGUACAUGGCAGCGGUGAGGCAGCAGUCAACGUACAGCUAUCGCUGGACGAGACCUACGCAGAUAUUGCCCCUGUGCGUGCGGACCCACAUAGCCCGUCAGCAUUUGUAUCGAUUAUGCGUGGAUGCAACAAUAUGUGCUCAUACUGCAUCGUGCCAUUCACGCGCGGACGCGAGCGUAGCCGUAUCAUGAGUUCCAUUAUUGAUGAGGUACGUACGUUAAGCGACCAGGGUGUAAAGGAGGUUGUGCUACUUGGACAGAACGUCAACUCGUACCACGACAAGAAAUCCGAGGGUGCUGCGGACAAGGGAAGGGGCUACGUAUCGUCCGCCGGGUUCAGCAACAUGUUCCACUUGCGUGACGCAUUAGGCUACCGCUUUGCUGAUUUGUUGGACGAAGUUUCGCGUGUUGACCCUGAGAUGCGAUUCCGUUUUACGUCUCCCCACCCAAAGGAUUUUCCGAAUGAAGUGCUAGAUCUCGUGAAUGAACGCUUCAACAUCUGUAAGCAGAUCCACAUGCCGGCUCAGAGCGGCAGUACCACGCUGCUGGAACGCAUGCGUCGUGGAUACUCUCGUGAGGCCUAUCUAGCACUUGUUGACAACAUGCGUACUCGUAUUCCUGGCGUAGCCAUUUCUUCCGACUUCAUUGCUGGCUUCUGUGGUGAGACUGAGGAAGAGCACGCCGACACAAUCUCAUUGAUUCGCCAAGUGUCCUAUGACCAAGCGUUCAUGUUUGCGUACUCGGUUCGUGCUCGAACUCAUGCGGCACAUCGCAUGCAAGAUGAUGUUUCUCAAGAAGACAAGUUGCGGCGUUUACGCGAGAUCAUUGACACAUUCAGCGAGGUGGUCACGCGCAAAAAUUACAUUGAGGACUCGGACCGGCUGCACGUCGUACUUGUGCAAGGCGCCAGUCGCCGCUCAACAGAUGAAAACCCAAAGCUCACGGGUCUCACAGACACGAGCAAGCGCUGCGUAUUUCCUAACCAGAAAAUGCCGGGUUCGUUGCGUGCCUUCACCAAGGAGGCGGGUGAGCUAGCUUCCGAGUUUUUUUCCUCUAUCUAG